UCUUUCGCCCCUAUACCCAAAUUUGACGAUCGAUUUGCACGUCAGAAUCGCUACGAGCCUCCACCAGAGUUUCCUCUGGCUUCACCCUAUUCAGGCAUAGUUCACCAUCUUUCGGGUCCCAACAUACACGCUCUACCGCAGAUCCGUCACAGAAGUUCUGGUCCGGGCGUCGGUGCCCUCCACGACAGAGGUCCCAACUUUCACUUUCAUUACGCGCACGGGUUUCCACCCGAACACUCGCGGGCAUGUUAG